AUGCGACUAAAGGUAAGUCUGAAGAAAUAUGAGGAGCAUGAUUACAGUGCCAGCUAUCCACUCUUGUGCUCGCCAGGAUGGUUCCGCAUUACGCGGGAGAUGGACCAGGGCGAGGGACAGAGGGUUAAAGAGACGAAGAAAAUAAAACGAGGCCAUGGCUCUCCGUACGGCACCUCAGGGAGGCGGUCGGAGGAAUACGCGCCGUCUGUCAUAAAUACUCUUCUUCGUCAAGAGGCGAGAGAGUAUUUCCCCCCGUGGUCGCAGGAGGCUUUAAUGGUUUCUGUGUUUUGUUUCCGGCGAAUGGAGAGGGUCAAGUGCUCUGUCUCUUGGGGUUGGCGGGAACGUUGCCUUUGUGAUGGAUGGGGGAGGAAGCGGUUGCGGGAGGAGAGAACAGAUUGCGAGGAGAAGGAGAGAACGAGAGUAAAUGACACGCGGAGUGGGAGUGAUUUCGGGCAAGGGCGGUCGCUGGAGUUAUGUGGCGACGCGGAGUAUUCUAUCGCCGCAGAUUUCAACCGCACGUGUAGAGCUUCCGAGUUCCGAUGUAACAGCGGCCGGUGCAUCCCGCGGCGAUGGGUGUGCGAUUACCAGAAGGACUGCGAGGGGGCCGAGGACGAGCAGCAUGAGUGUCCACCGCCCGAGUGUGAUGCAGAGCAGUUUGCGUGCGCAAAAUAUUUCUGGAAUCACACCUACUGCAUCCCAACGCACCAGCGCUGCGACAAGAUUGACGAUUGCAAAGACAAGUCAGACGAGGAGGGAUGCUAUUACCGUACGUGCCUGCCCGAGGACCACUCGUGCGGGUCGGGGCUCUGCAUUCCGCCCACCAAGAAAUGUGACGGCUAUUUCGACUGCCGCGAUGAGUCGGAUGAAAGAGGUUGCAACAUAACAUCAUGCGCGAAGGACAAGUUUCGCUGUAGUGACAAAUGUAUAGAAAAGAGUAUGAAAUGUGAUCACAACAACGACUGCGAGGAUAACUCGGAUGAGGAGGACUGUGAUUAUCCCCCGUGCCACGAGGACCAGUUCCGGUGUGCCAAUGCGCUGUGCAUCCCGCGCCGGUGGCACUGCGACGGGCACAAGGACUGCCCCGACUUCUCAGAUGAGCAAAACUGCACAGCAAUCGCGUGUCCAGAUUCGAAGUUCCUCUGCGCGAAGGAAAACCGUUGCAUCGAAAAGUCAAAGUUGUGUGAUACACAUCGAGACUGUGAUGACGGGUCAGAUGAAAGAACUGCCUGCUCGGCUGAGUUAUGUCCUUCUUUGGGAUGUGAGUAUGCCUGCCGAGCUUCCCUUGUUGGUGGCGAAUGUUAUUGUCCUACAGGGAAGCAGGUGUCCAAUGACACAAGAACUUGUAUUGAUAAGGAUGAAUGCAAAGAAUGGGGCCAUUGUGAUCAGCAGUGUGUUAAUACAGAUGGCUCUUAUAAGUGCCUCUGUAAUGUGGGUUUCAUCUUGCAAGGGGACAAUAGAACCUGUAGAGCAAUUACUGUCCCAGAUGAGGAACACAAGAUGGCUCUCUAUUUCACUCAUCAUGACCAAAUUAUGAAGGUGCAUGACUCAUCAGACAAAGAGGUAGUGUUGGUAACCAAUGCGACAUCUGCCUGGGGUUUAGAUUAUCACUACAAGAAAAAUCUUCUGUACUGGUCUGAUACUGAAACUAGAAAGGUGUAUUCACAAAAACUCUAUGGAAAAGGCAACUCAGCUGAGACUUCACUAACACUCCCUGGAUCUCUGACUCCUGGGGCCUUGGCUGUGGAUUGGGUUGGUGACAAGCUGUAUGUAGUUGACAUAUUAGGCCAGAAGAUUGAUGUUUUUGAAAUCCUUGGUCGGUUCCAUGCCAUUGUUCUCUCAAAUAACAUCAGUGAACCUCAGGAUAUUGGCUUAGAUCCAACCAAAGGCCUUAUGUUUGUUGCUGACACUAACCAAAUCAUUCGGGCCAACAUGGAUGGUACAAAUCUGCAGGUGCUUGUUAAGGAUGUUAUCUACAAAGCCUCAGGAAUUGCAGUUGAUAUCAUUAGUGAGCGUUUGUUUUGGUGUGACUCACUUCUUGACUACAUUGAAACUGUAACUUUUGAUGGAACUGGCAGAACUGCUAUUGUUAGAGGGUCAACAAAUGUGCCAGCACCAAACAGAUUAACCUUGUUUGAAAGCAGAAUAUAUUGGACGGACAGUACUCGCCAGGGUGUCAUUAGCAUUGAUAAAUAUAAUGGAGUAACAUCAAUACGUGAAGUAUAUCGCAAUACUAACAAGACUGAAGAUCCAAGAGCAGUCAAAGCUGUCCAUGGUUUAAUGCAACCAGGAGUGCCAAAUCCAUGUGGAAGUGACAAUGGAGGAUGUCAGCACAUGUGUAUAAUUACCCAUGCCACUUCUGGUAUAGGAUAUCGUUGUGCCUGUGAUAUUGGAUACAAAUUGAAUCCUGAUGAAAAGAAAUGCUCAUUGGUCACAGAAUUUCUGAUGUAUUCACAACAGAAGUUUAUUAAAGGACAGGUUUUAGACCCAGUCUCUGAAAACUUCAAUGAUGCUAUCAACCCUAUUGUAUCCAGAGCAGCUAGAUUUGUUGGGCUUGACUUUGAUGCUCGUGGUGACUACAUCUAUUAUUCAGAUGUUAGUCUUGAUGUGAUUUACAGGGUCAAAAGGAGAGGAACAAAUCGUGAGAAUUUGUUAGCCACUCAAAAUGAAGGUGUAGAGGGACUGGCAUUAGACUGGAUAUCCCAAAAUCUAUACUACAUUGAUAGCAGAAAAGGCACCCUUAAUGUUCUUUCAACUAAGAAUUCAGAAAACAGAAAAGUGUUACUCAGUGACUUGAAGCGUCCAAGAGCUAUUGUGGUCCAUCCUAACAAAGGAUAUGUAUUUUACUCUGAAUGGGACCGUCCAGCUAAUAUUAGCCGCGCCUUCCUUGAUGGCUCAAAUGUGAUGGUCUUCCGAAAUGUACUUCUUGGUUGGCCAAAUGGUCUGUCAAUAGAUUACCAGACAGACCGUAUUUACUGGUGUGAUGCACUUCUUGACCAUUUGCAGCAUGCUAAAUUGGAUGGAACUGAUGUGCAGACUAUCAGUUCUGCAAGCAUCAAACACCCAUUCUCACUUGUUAUUUUUAAUGAUUGGUUAUAUGUAACUGACUGGCGCCAUGAUGCAAUUCUUCGAAUGAACAAAACUGACGGUUCUCAGGAGAAAGUAGUUGCAGAGGUAGCUGAGAGCAAUCGACUGUAUGGAAUUCGUGUCUACAGUCAAAGAGCUCAGGACAUCAGGGAUGACCAUCCGUGUAAGGGUAAUAACCCAUGUGAAAAGUUCUGUUUCCCAGUGCCGGAUGGUGAGACUGAAAACCUUAAAGCCCAGUGUGGCUGUCCAGUGGGAGAAAAGAUGAACAAUGACCAGAAAACUUGUUCAGUAGACCCUGAAGCUGAACCACCUGUUGAAAGAUGUGCUCCUUGGGAUUUCAGUUGUUCUAAUGGUCGCUGCAUUCAAAAGACCUGGGUCUGUGAUGGGGAUGAUGAUUGUCUAGAUAAUUCAGAUGAAGAGCAAAAUUGCACAAAGGUCACUUGUAGAGAAGAUGAAUAUGCCUGUGAAUCAGGGCGCUGUAUCCCAAACACCUUCAAAUGUGAUUCAGACAAUGAUUGUGGUGACUUCUCUGAUGAGACUGGCUGUGUGAAUGUCACCUGUGAAGCUUCAUAUUUCCAGUGUGACAAUGGACGCUGCAUCCCUAUGAAUUGGAAAUGCGAUUCUGAGAAUGACUGUGGUGAUAGUUCAGAUGAAGGAGAUUUUUGUGCCAAUAAAACUUGUUCAUACUUCCAGUUUACAUGCCCAAGUACAGGAGCGUGUAUACCACAAGCAUGGGUCUGUGAUGGUGAUAAUGAUUGCUAUGAUAAUAAGGAUGAAGAAGGAUGCCCUCCUAUAGCAUGUACAGCUGCCCAGUUCAAAUGCAAUAACCUAAAGCAGUGUAUCCAUGAAUCAUACAAGUGUGAUGGAAUCCCAGACUGUGAAGAUGCCUCAGAUGAAUUUGGAUGUCCUUCUGUUGGGCCUGAUCAGUGUAACGAAGAAAGCCAAUUUAGAUGUGUAAAAUCAGGUAUUUGCGUUCCAAAGAGCUGGAAGUGUGAUGGUACAUCUGAUUGUGAAGAUGGAUCUGAUGAACCAGAUACAUGUGGACAGGUAACAUGCCCAAGCAGCCACUUCCAGUGCAAAAAUAGCCGCUGCAUAUUCCAUUCUUGGUUAUGUGACAAGGAAGAUGAUUGUGGGGAUGGCUCAGAUGAAGACAAUGUUCUUGCUUGUGGAAAACCAGUAUUCAGGUGUUCUUCUGGAAUGUGGAAAUGUGAAGGAGUGCAAGACACAUGCAUCAACACCACACAAGUAUGUGAUGGCAAAAGAGACUGCCCAGAUGGCUCUGACGAAGGCCCGGGUUGUGAUGAUAACGACUGUGAAAAGGAAGAUACUCUUUGUUCAGUAGCUUGUAUGCAGACACCUAAUGGCAGGGAAUGUACUUGCAAGUUAGGUGAGCAGCUAAAAGAAGGAAGUGAUACUGAAUGUGAAGAUAUGAAUGAAUGUGAGCCUCCUGGUGCAUGUUCACAAAAUUGCAAAAAUGUAAAGGGAUCUUACAUGUGCUCUUGUCAACGUGGCUACAUUUUAGAUGACAACAAGUCCUCAUGUAGGGCUGAAAACACUUCAGAUGCCUACCUUGUGAUCAGCAACCGGCGGAGCAUUUUAACUGCUGACAUCCAUCAGCGCAGUUUGGAGAGAGUUCCAGUCCUAGUUGAGAAUGUUGUUGCUACUGCUUCUGACAUGAAGAAUGGGACACUUUUCUGGUCUGACAUGAAAGUCAAACAAAUUGUGAAAUUAGAAAAAGGCAGCAGCCAGCCAGAAGUACUUGUUGGUAGUGGACUUGAUUUAGUAGAAGGGCUGUCAUAUGACUGGAUCACUGGAAAUAUAUACUGGGUUGACUCCCGUCUCAACACCUUAGAGGUAUCACGUAGAAAUGGAUCCGGCAGAAUGAUACUUCUCAACAAGAACAUCUCCCAGCCUCGUGGUCUUGCACUUGAUCCCACAGAAGGUGCUCGUUGGCUCUUCUGGACUGACUGGGGUGAGAACCCUAGGAUUGAAAGGAGCAGUCUUGAUGGCAAGGAAAGAACAAUCAUCAUCAAGAGCAAGAUUUUCUGGCCCAACGGUCUCACAAUAGACAUACCUACUAGGAGGAUCUACUUUGCUGACUCCAAGUUGGACUAUAUUGAUUUCUGCAACUAUGAUGGCUCUGGAAGGCAGCAGGUCCUCGCCCAAAGCCAUUACCUCCUUCAUCCACACUCACUGUCCAUCUUUGAAGAUAAUGUGUAUUGGACAGACAGGCAACUUAAUCGUGUAUUAUCAGCACACAAGUUCCAUGGAAAUAAUGAAUCUGUUGUGUCACAUCUUGUUUCACAACCCCUUAGUAUACAUGUACACCAUCCAAUUUUACAGCCUGAAGAAAAUAAUCCUUGUGCAUCAAAUCCAUGCGACCACCUCUGUGUUCUGAGACAUCCUGAAGGAUAUACCUGCUUGUGUCGUCCAGGGUACAAGUUAGCCAGUGGUGGAAAGUGUAACCAGGAGGAGACUCCCUACCUUAUGGUAAUGAAAGGAAGCCAGAUUGUAGAUGUUGCACUAACACCAGGAGAGAAAGGUGCAGCUGGCUUCCUGACUCCCAUUGUGGGAGUGGAACAUGGUCUUCAGCUUGAUUAUGAUCGCAAUGGGGAUCGUAUAUUCUGGAUCGAAGCUGUUGAAGAAGACAGUGAAAAUGGUACCAUAUACACAAUGGAGAUAGGUGGUGGCAAUCGUUCGACCUACCUAGAUUUUGGAAUUGUUGGUUCACCUUAUACAAUGGCAUGGGAUUGGGUUGGCCGUAACAUGUAUAUUGGAAAUCGUGUAGCUAACAACAUUGAGGUCUUGAAGUUAGAUGGCAAGAUUAAAUACCAGAGUGUCAUUUUAGAUAACAAUGGCAAUGCCACAGGUAUUGGAAGGCCCAAGUCUAUGUGUCUGGAUCCUGUUGAUGGGUUCUUGUACUGGCUUGAUGAUGGUGGUACUGGAGUUCCAGCAAAGGUUGGCAAAGUCAGCAUGGAUGGUUCAAAUCCAGUUAUUCUUUACAAUUUCACAAAUAUCCAACCAGAGUAUAUCACAAUUGAUAUUGAAGCCAAGAACUUGUACUGGUCAACUAGUAAUGAGGCUAAGAUUAUGACAAGUGAUGUUUAUGGUAAUAACAUAAGAGAAAUCCUGACCGAGGCAAAUCACAUUGCUCGACCAAAGGCUUUAGCUGUAUAUGAGAGCAGACUCUAUUAUCUUGAUUCAUCGUAUGAGAAGGUGGAGCGUGUUGAUCUUCCUGAUGGCCUGAACCCAGAGACGCUGCUGGAAAACGAAAGUGAUCUGAAGUCCCUUAAGGUCUUCCAGAAGAGGCCAGGUGAGAUGGAGAAGAAGAUCAUCAACUCUCAUCCUUGUAUGGUGGGCAAUGGUGGAUGUGAGCACAUCUGCAUUCCAAAGAUUGAAAAACAGCGAACCUGUAGAUGCACCACAGGAUACAAAGCUGAUGGAGAAAAGGGUUGCAAACCAUAUGACAAAUUUGCUAUUGUAUCACAAUUAGACAUUGUCAGAGGCUUCAGUCUGGAUGGUGCAGGAGAGGCUAUGGCACCCAUUGCUGAACCUGGCCACAAUGUCCUGCAUGUGGAUUACCAUUAUUCCAAGAACUAUAUAUAUUGGAUUGAGUUUAAUCAAGGAGGCUCUAAUGGAAUUUAUAGAUCAAGACCAAAUGGCACUGAGAAGGAAGGAGUUGUCACUACUGGCAUUGGGUCAAAUGGAAUCAGGGGUAUUGCAAUUGAUUGGAUUGCUAAUAAUCUUUACUUCACCAAUGUGUUCCCACAUGAGACAUAUGUAGAAGUAUCUUGGUUGGAUGGUACCAACAGAAUGGUGCUUAAGAGUGUCACUAAGGACUCCCCAAGAGAGUUGGCUGUCAAUCCAAUUAAAAGGUACAUCUAUUGGAUUGAUUAUGGACAGUUCCCUAUGAUUGGAAAGGCAUAUCUUGAUGGUACGAAAUGGCAGCCAAUUGUAACUAGUGGAGUGAGUAAUCCAAGGGAUAUUACUGUGGAUAUGUACACACAUGAUGUGUACUGGGUGGAUUCAGCACUUGAUUCCAUUAACAAGGUUAGCUUCAGUGGUGGAAACCGUCAGUUCAUUAGAAGGAAGCUGCCUAAUCCUAUGGGGCUUGCUUUGAAUAAUAACUUUGUUUAUUGGAUUGAUAGAAAUCUGAAUACUAUCUUCCGAGCCUCAAAAUAUUCAGGAAAUACUACACAGGCAGAACGGUUUAAGACCAAUAUGGAAAAUCUAAGAGACAUAGCUAUUUUUGAUUCUACCAAUCAGCCUUCAAAGGCCGAUACCCCAUGUACAAGACUUGGCAAUGGUGGAUGUGCCCAGCUGUGCUUCUCAUUCCCAGUAGAUAAUGCAGAACAAUUGACCUUCAGGUGUGACUGUGCAUCUGGAGUUUUAGCAGAUAAUAAGAGAGAUUGUGAAGAUUCAAAAGAAUAUCUAGUCUUUUCAACACGAACUGAAAUCCGAAGUUUAUCACUAACUCCCAAGAGUAAUACUGUACCAUUUGAUGCAGUUAAGGGUUUGACUAAUGUAGUAGGAAUUGAUUUUGAUUACAAAGACAAGAAACUAUUAUUUACACAAAUCAGACCAGACACAAAGAUUGCUACCAUGUCUAGUUUAUCACCUUCUGUGGAUGAUAUCAAGCCAAUCUUACAAUCUGGAAUAAAUCCUGAAGGCAUUGCAUAUGAUUGGACAUCAGAGAAAAUCUACUGGACAGACUCUGCAAACAACAGUAUUUAUGCAAUGAACAUGGAUGGAUCUCAUGUAGUUAUGAUUAUUCAAGUCGAACGACCAAGAGCUCUUGUCUUGGAUCCAUGCAGAGGACAUAUGUACUUCACUGACUGGGGAAGGUAUGGCACUUCGGGCAAGAUCUAUCGUUCAACCAUGGCUGGGUCAUUUAGGCAAAUCAUCAUAGGAAAUGACCUAUCUCAGCCCAGUGGUUUGACUAUUGACUAUGAAGAAGAAAUGCUGUACUGGACAGAUGCUGUAAGAGAGAAUAUUGAAAGGUCAUAUCUGAAUGGAACUAAGAGAGAGGUCAUUAUCUCUGCCACUAUAUAUCCAUUUGCGAUUACUGUCCAUAAAAAUUUCAUUUAUUGGACUGAUCUACAACUGAGGGGAGUUUUUAGGGCAGAAAAGUACACAGGUGGUGACAUGGUAGAGAUGGUUCGCAGGUUGGAAGAAUCACCAAGGGACAUUCACGUGUUUUCUGAUGAACGACAGAAAUGCAAAAUUGACCUUUGUGAAAUAAACAAUGGUGGAUGUGCACAAUCUUGUCAUCCAGUUCCUGACAAUAAGGUUGAGUGCAAAUGUAAUUCUACUUUGAAGCUUGUAAAUGAGAACAAGAUGUGUGUCCCAAAGAAUUACAGUUGUGAUGCAAACAGGUUUUACUGUGCCAAUGGAAAAUGUAUAUCACGAUUGUGGGCUUGUGAUGGAUCUGAUGACUGUGGUGAUAAUUCAGAUGAAGACAGGAACUACUGCACAUACCACACAUGCAGCCCCAGUGAGUUCCGUUGCAAGAAUGGACGUUGCAUUUUCUCAACAUGGAAGUGUGAUCAUGAGGAUGACUGUGGUGAUGGUUCAGAUGAAGAAGGUUGUGAAUAUCCCCCAUGUGCUGAUGGAGAAUUUACAUGUGCAAAUCACAGAUGCAUACCACAAUCACAGGUUUGUAAUGGUGUAAAUGAGUGUAAGGAUAAACACACCUCUGAUGAAAAUGUUGAACUUUGCCCUGAGGUGACCUGUCCACCAAACCACCUCAAAUGUGAAAAUACAACCAUAUGUGUGGAACCAUAUUGGUUGUGCGAUGGCGAUAAUGACUGUGGUGACAAUUCUGAUGAGAACCCUCUUCACUGUUCUGAACGUUCAUGUCCACCUAAUAGCUUCAGGUGUCCAAACCACAGAUGCAUCCCGGGCACUUGGCACUGUGAUGGUGAUGAUGAUUGUGGUGAUGGUGCUGAUGAACCAGAAGAGUAUUGUGAGCAAGAGGGAAGGACAUGCUUUGGGGAUUUGUUCACAUGUGACAAUGGAAACUGUGUACCCAAGAUUUACAUCUGUGAUGGAGAUAAUGACUGCUUAGAUGGUUCAGAUGAAGAUGACAGGCACAAGUGCAAUAACCGAAAGUGUGAUGAGGAGACAGAGUUCACAUGCAAUAACAACAAGCAGUGGGGACGUGCAAUGUGCAUCCCACGGAAGUGGGUGUGUGAUGGUGACCCUGACUGUGUAGAUGGUGCAGAUGAGAACACAACAACGCUUAAUUGCCCAGAACCAGAAGAGUGUGCUGAAAAUCAAUUCCAAUGUACAAAUAGGAGGUGCAUCAGUAAGGAUUGGAAGUGUGACUUUGACAAUGAUUGUGGAGAUGGAUCUGAUGAAGGAAUAGAAUGCAACAGCCAGUACAGAGAGUGUUCAUCUGAUGAAUUUACUUGCUCCAAUGCAAAGUGUAUUCGCAAGACAUACCAUUGUGAUGGAGAGGAUGAUUGCGGUGAUAAUUCAGACGAAGUUGGAUGUGAACCUGAGAAGACAUGCGGACCAGCAGAAUUCCAGUGUAAGAAUGGGGAAUGUAUAGCUAUGAAAUUACUAUGCAACAAAGUGAGUGAAUGCUCAGAUGACUCUGAUGAGCCACUCCAUUGUAAUGUUGAUGAAUGUGCCAAAGUAGAACUACAUCAGUGUGGUCACAAGUGCAUCAACACAAUUAUUGGCUUUGAAUGUGCCUGCAACCAAGGAUACAAGUUAAUGCCAGAUGGCAAAGCAUGUGAAGACAUCAAUGAAUGUGUUGAAACCCCAGGAGUAUGUUCGCAGAAAUGUUAUAACAAUCCAGGCUCAUACAACUGUAAGUGUGAUGAAAGGUUCUAUGAGCGAGAAGCAAAUGUAAGCAUUUGCAAGAGGAAAGACAACAAACAACCUUGGAUAUUCUUCACUAAUAAGUAUUAUGUGAGGCGCCUGACAACUGAUGGCUCACAAUACCUCUUAAUGCAUCAGGACAUGCGAAAUGUUGUGGCUUUGGACUUCGAUGACAAGGAUGAAAUGAUCUAUUUUGCUGAUGUAACAGCCAAAAUGAUAUAUAGAGCCCAAAUCAAUGGUACAGAUAAAGAAGAGAUUAUUAAACAUGACAGCGAUGGCCUAGAGGGACUUUCUGUAGACUGGGUAGGUCGAAAGAUAUACUGGUUGGACCGACACAGUAAACACUUGGAUGUUGCCGAGCUGAAUGGCACUAAUCGUAAGACCCUCAAGGCAAGUGGUAUUAAUGAUCCCCGAGCAGUAGCAGUUCAUCCUGGCAUUGGCUAUGUAUACUUCACUGACUGGCAUCUUCAGUCCUACAUUGGCCGUAUUGGAAUGGAUGGGUCCAACUUCUCACGUGUUCUUGGAUUUGAGAAUAAGAUCAUUUGGCCAAAUGCACUGACUUUUGAUUUCUUUGCUGACAGAAUUUACUGGGCAGAUGCUCAUCUUGAUUACAUUGCUUUUGCUGACCUGGAUGGCAGGAACCGACAUGUAGUUAUGGGAGGUACCAAGGUCCCACAUGUUUUUGCAAUUACAGUAUUUGAUGAUUAUAUUUACUGGACUGAUUGGAACCUAAAGGCUAUUCUUCGUGCACAUAAAUUUACUGGUGAGGACCUACAGUUCUUGAGAAACACUACCCACCGACCUUACGACAUUCAAGUAUACCAUCCGUUACGUCAGCCUCCAUACAAGAAUCCUUGUGGUGAUAACAAUGGUGGGUGUUCUCAUCUUUGUUUGCUAUCACCAACUGAGAAUGGUACCGUGACAUACAAGUGUGCGUGCCCUGAUCAGUUUUACCUUGGCCGUGAUGGAAAAAGCUGUAUUGCAAACUGCACACAAAGUCAAUUCCGUUGCGCUGGUGAAGAUGACAAGUGUAUCCCCAGUUAUUGGAAAUGUGACAAGGAAAAGGACUGUGCUGAUGGCAGUGAUGAGCCUCCUGGUGAUUUUUGUCCUGAAAGAAAGUGCCGUCCUGGAUACUUCCAGUGUAAAGAUGGGAAUGGAUGUGCUGCUCCCACUCAGCUUUGUGAUGGACAAGAAGACUGUUCAGAUAAAUCUGAUGAGAACGAUUGUGAUUUGGAAUGUUCUGAGUUAGAAUUCAAGUGCAAAAGUAGUGGGAAAUGUAUCAACAUAGCAUGGAAAUGCGAUGGAGAUAAGGAUUGCCGUGAUGGUUCAGAUGAAGGAGAAGAGUGCAAUUACAGACCAUGUGAUAAGGAAACAGAAUAUCAAUGCCAUAAUGGCAAAUGUAUAUCCAUCCAGUGGUUCUGUGACUUAGACAAUGACUGUGGUGACAACUCUGAUGAACCUGCAUUCCGGUGUCGGCAACAAAACUGUACAGAAGGAUGGAAGAGGUGCCCAGGCAGAACAAAUUAUCGUUGCAUUCCUCAAUGGCUCUUCUGUGAUGGCAAGGACGACUGUAGAGAUAAUACCGAUGAACAAAUAGAAAACUGCCCAAAAUGUCAUGAAAGUGGAGACUUCCAGUGCAAGAACAGACGUUGUAUUCCUAAGCGUUGGCUAUGCGAUUUUGAAAAUGACUGUGGAGAUAACUCUGAUGAAGAUGAAGAUAUGUGUAGCAGCCAGUAUCGGCAAUGUUCUGAGAGUGAAUUCCGCUGUAACAACAACAAAUGUAUACCAAACCGUUGGCGCUGUGAUCUCGAUGAUGACUGUGGUGAUAAUUCUGAUGAAGAAAACUGCGGAGAGCAUAAAUGCAGGGAUGGACAGUUCCAGUGCACAUCAGGUCACUGCAUUCAAGAACAUUUACAUUGUGAUGGUGAAAAGAAAUGCCAUGAUUUGAGUGACGAGCUUAGUUGUGAGCCACGGUUCCCUAAUGGCCGGUACUGUCACGAAGAGGAGUUCCAGUGUGACAAUCACCUUUGUGUCAAAAUGACAGACCUGUGUGAUGGUAGUAAUGAUUGCUAUGACAAUUCUGAUGAACGUGAAAGUCUUUGCAGCAACUAUACUUGUAAUACCCUCAGAAGGUUCCAGUGUAACAACCAUAAAUGCAUACCACUGUAUCAGAAAUGUGAUGGUAAUGAUAAUUGUGGAGAUGGAUCGGAUGAAAACAACAUGACCAUUUGUUCUCAUCGUCCUCGGCCUUGCAUCUAUAAUGAGUUCCGUUGUGCAAAUGGAAAGUGUAUUGAGGCAGAUAAGAUUUGUAACCAUGCAGAUGAGUGUGGAGACAAUUCAGAUGAACUUGGAUGCCAUUCGACUGCAAACUGCACAGCUGGUUUUUGUGAACAAACUUGUACAGAUCUCAAGGAUGGUGGAUUUGUAUGCCAUUGCCUGAGAGGAUUCAGAAUAAAACCAGACAAUCCUAAGGCAUGCCAGGAUAUAGAUGAGUGUGCAGAGUUCACUCACAAUUGCUCUCAGUUGUGUACCAACCUAAAUGGUACUCAUGCCUGUUCAUGCCGUGAAGGAUUUGAGCUUGAAGUGAAUGGCAUUUGCCGCUUAAAAGGCGGGGCAAUCACCUUGGUGUAUUCAGACAGUCCAGAAAUAAGGGCAUUCAAUCUGACCUCCAAUAGAGCCAUGACUGUAAUCAAAGGAGACAGCAUUGAAUCUCUUGAUUAUGAACCAGAGUCUGGCAUUGUCUACUGGACUGAUUCAUAUGGAAAGACCAUUAAGAGAUCUUAUCUGCCUGGAUCACCUGGUAGGGCAAAUGUAACAGUGGGUUAUGCUCAAAACUUAGAAAUCAAAAGCAGAGCCAAGCCCACAGGUCUUGCUAUUGAUUGGGCUGCUAUGAAUUUGUAUUGGAGUGAAACUGAUCGCACAGGUAAUAAACCUAAAGGAUCUGUACUAGUGGCCACAUUAGAUGGUAGAUACCGUCAUGUUGUUAUUGCAACAGGCCUCGAAGAUCCAACAUCUAUUGUUGUUGAUCCUGAUCAUGGAUACAUGUUCUGGACUGACAUUGGCUCAAUUCCAAAAAUUGAAACCUCUUGGAUGGAUGGCAGCAAAAGACGGAUUCUUGUAUCAGAUGCUAUUAGCCAACCUACUGGACUCACUAUUGAUUUUGCCAUGGAUCAUACAAUAUACUGGGUAGAUGCUAAGCUGAACAAGAUUGAAAUGAUGCGAGAAGAUGGUUCAAAACGAACUUUGGUGGCCUCUGGAAGCCAACUCAAACAUCCUCUUUCUCUAGAUGUCUUUGAAUCUAGCUUGUACUGGGUUACACGUGACUCAGGAGAAAUUUAUAAUAUGGAUAAGUUUGGAAGGGGAGUCCCAGUAAAGUUCCCAGGAGAGUUUGCUAAUCCAACAAGUAUUAAAGUCUUUGCUGAAAAAAGAUACAACACAUCAAUGACAAGUAACUGUCAGAGAGACACACCAUGUACCCAUCUAUGUCUCAUUGUACCUGGUGGAUACAAGUGUGCAUGUCCAGACAAUAAGGGAAUCAAGAACACUUCUCCUAAUUGUGAUGCUCCACAUGAACCAAUUAAAGCCAAACCACUGGGUUGUGCUUGUUUAAAUGGAGGAGUUUGUGCACUGAAUCACUCGGUUGCUUUGAGCUGUGAAUGUCCCGAUGGUUAUUCUGGUUUACUGUGUGAAAAUUACGUUGCCAAACGCAUAAUCUCACAUGAACCAUGGUCACCAGCCACGGUGGUAGUGCCUAUUGUACUUACUAUCUUGGUUCUUGGGGCUCUAGCAGCUCUCUAUGUAUUCUUUAACCGUCGUCAUAUAACCCUAAAGGGCCAUGGUCUACCGGGAUCCAGUGUCGUAUUUAGACAAGGAACUAAUGUUGAAGUAGGACUUCCCUCAUUUAUGGCAUCUGGUGAAGGAGCAAACGGAGUCCCACUUGAAGGAGAAGUAAAUAUAGGCGAAAUUGCAGGGAAGAACCAUAAUUUCAGCAAUCCUAUGUAUGAUGCUAUGGGGUCAAUGGAAGGAGCUUCAACAGAGCAGGCAGGAGGAAAAGGACUAUAUGAAGUGCCCCUGGAUGCCAGUAAGGCUAAGGGUUUCACUGCAGAAAAUCAAGAGUCAAGCAAUGGUACAACCCAAGCUCCAGCUCUAGCAGUGCUCUCUCCAUCUGCAAUGAUGCAGAAAGCUUCACCAAACAUUCAGAUCCGCAAAAAAGAACUAAGCCCCUCCAGCAAUGAUACUGGUAAAGAUACACAGAAAUUGGUAGUGGAAGAUGAUAACUCAGAAUGCUAAUAUUCAGAUGUACUUAUGGCUUAUCUAAGCAUACAUAUGACAGAGUUUGUUAUUACUGCCACAACACGUGCUUGGGGAUGCCGUCCCAAAUGUGAACCAGAUGGAUAUCAUUGCUCUUGAAAUUGGACUAUCCAGAUAAUGAUUUUGAGACUGUCUCUUUCCUAAUACUAUUAUAUUGUUGUUAUUUCUAAUAGCUUUACAGAGUUUUUUGGUAAACAGGAUUUCUGUGACUCUUAAUUUAUCUCCUUAAAAGUCAGGUACAGUCUCUGGUGCUCAGUAUAUGAACUGAUAAGUGGUAAUAGAGAUGGAGAAGUCCAAUAUCUAUCUAUCUCUUCAUAUGUGUGUGUGUGUGUAAGUGUAUACAUGAUAUAUAUAUAUUAUAUGUAUAUUAUAGAUUUACGCACACACACACACACACACACACACACACACACACACACACACACACACACACACACACACACCAGGCUGGAUCCAGGAUUGUUAGAAAGGGGGGGCGUAACCCCUAGCCGAUUGCGAGUGCCGAAGGCACGAAGCCUAAGCGGGAUAGAAAGUUUCUAUCAAUUAUCCCUUCUAUUGCUGACUGGGACUUUUCCUACCUAUAUCCCAUGUCUUUCCCUGAUGAUGUGUAAAAAUUCCUGGUCUAAAAAAAUAAUUACUCUGCCAAAAAUAGGGGGGGCGUACACCCCCCACGCCCCCCCUGGAUCCGGCCCUGCACACACACACACACACACACACACACACACACACACACACACACACACACACACACACACACACACACACACACACACACACCCAUAUGUAUA